GGUCCUUUCAUAAAACUAGCCUGAACUACCUUACCUCAGCACAGUCAAGAAGAGGCAGCAACACGAGCGCACCGUCAGUGGACCCUCUGCUUUUACAUCACUUGUGUGCAUAAAGAAGUUGUUUUUCACGCAACAGCAUCUCCAAGCAGCAUUUUCAUUUCACCGCGUGAUUUCCAAUGUAUAAGAUGGAAUAUUCUUACCUGAACUCAUCUGCUUACGAGUCUUGCAUGGCUGGAAUGGACACUUCCAGUCUCGCAUCAGCUUAUGCAGACUUCAGUUCCUGCAGCCAAGCCAGUGGAUUUCAAUAUAACCCCAUCCGGACUACCUUCGGGCCAACGGCCGGGUGUCCCUCACUGACACCCGGCACCUGCAGCCUAGGCCCCCUACGAGACCACCAAAGCAGCGCGUACUCUGCAGUUCCAUAUAAGCUGUUCACGGACCAUGGCGGUUUGAAUGAGAAGCGGAAACAGAGGCGCAUAAGAACCACCUUCACCAGCGCACAACUGAAAGAACUGGAGCGCGUUUUCGCUGAGACGCACUACCCAGACAUCUAUACACGCGAGGAACUUGCUCUUAAAAUAGACCUGACUGAAGCGCGUGUGCAGGUUUGGUUCCAAAACAGGCGUGCAAAAUUUCGCAAGCAAGAGCGCGCAGUUGCUGCUGUAUCUGCCGCAAAAAACGGAUCCUCUGGAAAGAAACCAGACUCACGCGAGGAAGACAACAAAGAAUCUAAAGUCACCGAUCCGGAUAGCACAGGAGGGCCUGGGUCAAACCCAAAUCCAACUUCCACCUGUGGUGGACUCAGCCCUUCCCCGGGGAUAGCAACAGGCACCGGACAUAUGGAGUCUGUCAAGACGUCGCCAAGUGGAAACCUCGUAGGCACCACGUCCAGUCCUGGAUGGGCGUCGCCUGCAAGUGGAAUCUCAAAUUUGCCGGACUCUCUGGGUGGACCGUUCGCCAACGUUCUCUCUUCCUUGCAAAGACAAAACGGCAACAAGGCAGGAAUGGUAAAGAUGUUCUGAUGAUACCACAUUUGACCUGUGGAGAGCGUCCAGGAGAAAACACUUGAGGUAACACACAUUUCAUGCGAAACGAAGAACAUCUACAAGGAUUUGCGGAUCAUUUACUUUACGCAUGGACAGAUGUGUUUAUUAGUAAUUUUCUAGAGACGAUAGGCUAUAGAUCUCUCGGGCGCACACAAUGUGUGUGUGCUGAACAUGAAGUUCCCAGCACUUUUCUUUUGAGGGUAAAGUAUACCCUGCAGUAUUCUCCAUGUGUCGCCUUAGCUGUUGUGCCUAAUGUGAGAUAGAACUGUUUUUAACUAGUCAGAUUUUGAGCUGUGUCCAUUUUUACUGCAAGACUGAUACACCCAAGCCGUAUAAUGUAUUUCAAAUGGGCUUCAAUAUUGUGCUCGGAUUUUUAAGUCUAGUAUCUGGGCAUGUUUACCAAAAUGCAGUGCAACCUGCAUAUAAGCCUACCUACCCUCAACCCUAUACAACUAAUGUGUAGAAAGGGGUGAUUGCGAUUAUGGGUUUUCAAUAUUAAUCUACAGUUUAAAAGUAUAUUUAUUUGUAAUAUUUAUUUAUUAAUAUGGUGUUUUAUUUAAAGGUGAAAUGAUAGGACAUGUUUUUUAUUGCGUUUUAGAUAUAGAAUGAACAUCAACAGACCUAAAUCCAA